AUGGAAUCAGGGAACAACACAAGAAGAAUUUCAAAAUUUCUUCUUCUUGGAUUUUCAGAGAACCCAGACCUUCAAUUCUUCAUUUUUUCACUAUUCUUGUCCAUGUACCUGGUCACAGUGCUUGGGAACCUCAUCAUCAUCAUGGCCAUCAUCUCACAGUCUCACCUGCACACACCCAUGUACUUCUUCCUCUCUAACCUGUCUUUUGUGGACAUCUGCUUUACCUCCACCACAGUCCCAAAGAUGCUGGUGAACAUCCAGACACAGAGCAAGGCCAUCACCUAUAAACAUUGCAUCACCCAGAUGUGUUUCUUCUUGGUUUUUGCAGAAUUGGACAACCUGUUCCUGGCUGUGAUGGCCUACGACCGAUAUGUGGCCAUCUGUCACCCCCUGCACUACACAAUCACAAUGAACCCCCAGCUCUGCAUGCUGCUGGUUCUGCUGUCCAUGGUCGUUAGUGUCUUGCAUGCCUUGCUACAGAGCUUAGUGGUGCUACAAUUGUCCUUCUGCACAGAUGUAGAAAUCCCCCAUUUCUUCUGUGAGCUUAAUCAGCUGGCCCAACUCACCUGCUCAAACAACUUUCCAAGCCACCUCACGAUGCAUCUUGCACCUGUCCUCUUGGCAGCCACUUCCCUCAGUGCAAUCCUUUACUCUUAUUUCAAGAUAGGCUCCUCCAUAUGGGCUAUCUCCUCAGCUCAGGGGAAGUACAAGGCAUUUUCUACCUGUGCAUCUCACCUCUGCAUUGUCUCCUUAUUUUAUAGCACAGGCCUAGGAGUGUACCUCAGUUCUGCUGUGACCCAAAGCUCACACUCUGCUGCAAGAGCCUCAGUGAUGUACACUGUGGUCACCCCCAUGCUGAACCCCUUCAUUUAUAGUCUAAGGAAUAAAGAUGUGAAGAGAGCUCUGGAAAGACUCUUAGGGGGAAAACUAAAUUGUCCCAUAGCACUGAGCUGA